AUGGCUGCCGAUAAGGCUGCCGCUGCCUCUGGCGCUGACCUGGGCGAUGGGCUUCGAAAACGACCCGUCAACAAUACCAACCGUCCGUCGCCACAGCCUGCCAUGACCGAAUCCGAAGAUGUAAAGAAGACCGCCAAGAAGGUCGAAAAGACCCUGGUAGAAACUCUAAUUGAAUGGGAGUUUAUCAUUGCCCCGGUUCUAUUCACGUUGCUCGCCAUGUUCACGCGAUUGUGGAAAAUUGGUCUGAGUGACAUCGUGACGUGGGAUGAAGCUCACUUUGGCAAGUUCGGUAGCUACUACAUCAAGCACGAAUACUACUUUGAUGUGCAUCCUCCUCUAGGAAAGAUGCUCGUCGGUUUGUCUGGUGUUUUGGCUGGAUAUAAUGGAUCUUUCGAGUUCAAAUCCGGCGAGAAGUAUCCUGAAGAGCUCAACUUCACCUUUAUGCGCGCUUUCAACGCCCUUUUUGGUAUUCUCUGUGUCCCCAUGGCCUACUGGACCGCCCGCGAACUCCAUUUCCGCCGACCCGCUGUUUGGCUCGUUACCCUCAUGGUUCUCUGCGAGAAUUCCUAUACUACGAUUAGCCGUUUCAUACUUCUCGAUUCCAUGUUACUGUGCGGCACUGUGGCUACCGCGCUCUGCUGGGCCAAGUUCCACAACCAAAGGCACAACAGCUUCGAGCUCGAGUGGUUCUUUUGGCUGUUCAUGACUGGUUUCAGCAUCGGUUGCGUGUGCAGUGUCAAAUUGGUUGGUCUUUUUGUUACUUCCUUGGUUGGCCUAUACACCAUUGAGGAUCUCUGGAACAAGUUCGGCAACACCAAGAUGCCUGCGACAACAUUCGGCGCUCACGUGGCCUCACGCGUUGUUGGCUUGAUUGUUAUUCCUUUUCUCAUCUACAUGCUGUCCUUUGCUUUGCACUUUGCAAUUCUUGAUCGUUCUGGCCCUGGUGAUGCACAGAUGAGCUCCUUGUUCCAGGCCAACCUGAAGGGUACGGAAGUUGGAAAGAACAGCCCCUUGGAGAUUGCCUAUGGUUCACGUGCCACGCUGAAGAACAUGGGAUAUGGAGGUGGUUUGCUUCACUCCCACGUUCAGACCUACCCUGAGGGCUCCAAACAGCAGCAGGUCACUUGCUACCACCACAAAGACGCCAACAAUGACUGGUUCUUCUAUCCCAACCGCCGCGAGGAAGACUAUGACCCCGAGUCCCCCAAUCUACGAUUCAUUGGCGACGGCACCACCAUCCGCUUGGUCCACGCCCAGACUGGUCGCAAUCUCCACUCGCAUGAAAUUGCUGCCCCCAUGUCGAAAUCAGACAAGGAAGUCUCCUCUUACGGCAACCUGACUGUUGGAGACGAAAAGGAUCAUUGGAAGAUCGAAGUGGUUCGAGAUGUUUCCUCCCGAGACCGAAGCAAAAUUCGCACCUUGACCACUGCUUUCCGCCUCAAGCACGAAGUUCUCGGCUGUUACCUAAAGGGCACCAACAAGAAUCUGCCUCAGUGGGGUUUCAAGCAGAUUGAAGUCUCUUGCACCAUGGAGAAUAAUCCGCGUGACUCUUAUACUCACUGGAACGUUGAGGCGCACUGGAAUGACAAAUUGCCUGCUGGAGACCCUGGCGACUACAAGUCUCCUUUCUUCCACGACUUCAUCCACCUCAACGUGGCCAUGAUGACUUCCAACAAUGCUCUGGUGCCGGAUCCCGACAAGCAGGAUGAUCUGGCCUCGUACUGGUGGCAGUGGCCCAUUCUCCAUGUCGGUCUUCGAAUGUGUACCUGGGAUGACAGCAUUGUUAAAUACUACCUGCUCGGGAACCCCAUUGUGUACUGGGGCUCCGCCGUCAGUCUCGGCGCGGUUGGUCUCAUCGUUGCGUGGUACCUUUUGCGCUGGCAGCGAGGCUUCAGAGACCUUGAGGAAAAGGACAUUGACCAUGUUCAUUACUCGGGGAUCUAUCCGGCUGCUGGUUGGUUUCUGCAUCUCCUGCCAUUUGUCAUCAUGGCGCGUGUUACAUAUGUCCACCACUACUAUCCUGCCCUGUACUUUGCCAUUCUCACGUUCGGCUUCUUGGUGGACUGGACUGUGAGAAAUCGCAGCUCCGUAAUUCAAAACGCCACAUACGGCACUCUGUACACCAUCAUCAUUGGCCUUUAUAUCCUCUACAUUCCCAUUUGUUGGGGUAUGGUCGGGCCUAACAAGAAUUACAGCUACCUGAGGUGGUUCGACAACUGGAAAAUCAGCGAUUGA